AUGCCACAUUCUGAUCGUGAAUUCCGCAAGAAUGUGGAGUACCAAGAUGGCAGACCGACCCCAUGGGGCGGGGACGAGUUGUUGUUCGAAGUGGUCACUCGCGCGGCGGGGGUUGGGAUCGCCACCUUGGACCGGAACUUCCGGACCCAGGAGGACCUAGUCGCCAAGCUCACCAAGAUCGCGGCUGAUCUCCUAGCAACCUAUCAGCCAGCGACUACACUACCCUCCAGCGCCCUGCACACGACAGUCGUGUCGGAGAGCAAGGUGUUCUCCAAGACCAAGACCUAUGCCGAGAUCGUCGAGGUGCUGGCGAAGCUGCUGGCGGCAGGAUCGGACGAUGGAAUUAUCCUCUCGGACGUGGAAGUCAAGGAUGGCGUGCGCGCCAUGAGCAGGCAGUGGUACGUCGGCAUAGGGGAGCCCGGACAGACGGCCUUUGCACCAUACACCGGUAAUGGCUGCAACCCCGGCCGACACCCGACGGUAUCAAAGGCGGUCGGAGCACCCGAAUGUGGGCAGAGGGGUCUUCGCGGUUGGCGUAUCGAGAUUGAAGCGCUUGACAAGUAG